GCGGUCGAUACAGCGAUGUAAUCUCCCACUCCAUUUUUCGAGAUUUUCAUUUAUUUGUUAACGGUUCCCACGAAACAAUGUUCUCUAGUGACAGCAGCUUAUCAAACCGGAGGUACAGUGCACACCCGGUGAAUGAAAAGAGGCAAGAGCUUGGGGAAUAUCACCAUCUUUUCCAAGAACUGAAGAAAGACGAAGAAAAACUUUACAGUUACACGAGAAUGUCAAUUGAAACAUUUAAUUAUAUACUCAAUAAAAUUGAGUCUGAACUGGAUGUCUUGGAAUAUAACAACUUACAUACCAAUCCAAUUCUGGCUGAGGAAAGACUGGUGCUGACUUUAAGGUAUCUCGCUACGGGAAGCAGCUUCAGAACAUUGGCUUUUUCUUUUAGAAUGGGAGCUUCUACCGUUAGCAAAAUCGUUUACCAAGUAUGCAACAUUCUUUGGACAACACUACAACCUAUUCACAUGAGAGCACCUACAACGUCGUACUUUUUAUGUGCUGCAGAGGAGUUUGAAAGACUGUGGGAUUUUCCCAAUUGCAUUGGUUCUUUGGAUGGGAAACAUGUCAGAAUAAAGUGCCCAGCUCACUCCGGCUCGAUGUUCUACAACUACAAAUCGUAUUUUUCAAUAGUUUUGCAAGGAUUAGUUGACGGUCACUAUAGGUUCAUAUCUAUCGACGUAGGAGGUUACGGAAAGCAGAGUGAUGGAGGUACCUUCAGUGCAUCUACCUUAUCGAAACUGUUGGAAAAUAAUAAAUUGGGAAUACCAUCGCACAGGAAACUCCCCAGUAGUGACUAUACUCUACCAUAUGUGUUCAUCGCCGAUGAAGCCUACCCUUUGAAGGAAAAUCUAAUGAAACCUUAUUCAGGUACCUCACUGACAGCAACGCAGGAAAAUUUUAACAAGCGAUUGUCACGGGCUCGCAAAACGGCAAAACUGUCGAAUGUGCAUUUGGCGUUAUUUUUUCAAAAUGGCGAUUGUUGUCGGGGGUUAUUGAAAUCAAAGAAACAGCAGUAG